AGCCUGUUGUGUGUCAGAUUGAGUGAUUAGAUAAUUGGGCAGCACCUGGCUGAGUGUCACUGCACUGCAGACACACACUCACACACACACUGAGGCCUCUAGCUGUUUUUAACACCGUGCACCGGCUACAUCAUUGAAAAACAAAUGUUUGGUUUUAAAAUGCAUGAAGCAAAAUACCUUCCUUUGCUUUUAUUUGUUGCCACAUUAUUGAUGGUGAGCUGUCGCAGCACUGAACAUGCUGCUGAACAAGCUCUUCCAGGUGCGAAAGGUGGCGAAAAUGCUGGAGCUGGCAACUUGGAAACAUUUGAUUUCCACAUGAACUCAACCAAUAUGACUCGUUUCGUCUACGGAAUUACUGCAAAUGCGGUUGCUGUGCUGUUGUAUGGAAGCAAUUUUGUUCCUAUCAAAAGAAUAGAGGCAGGAGAUGGUAUGUUUUUCCAGUGGGUGUACUGUGCAUCGAUAUGGCUUGGAUCUAUGGGUGGAGACGUGCUACUUCAGUCGCCUAAAUUCCACCCUUUAGCAAUGCUCGGAGGUGUCAUCUGGGCCACAGGAAAUAUAGCAGCUGUUCCAAUUGUUAAAGCAAUCGGCCUCGGCCUUGGGACUUUAAUUUGGGGCUCUUCUAGUUUGUUGAUGGGCUGGGCCAGUUCAAGGUUUGGCUGGUUUGGGGAUGCUCAAGAUGUCUCCAGGCCGAUCUUAAAUUAUUGUGGAGCUGGGUUGUGUCUGCUCAGUGGCCUGAUCUUCUUCUUUGUGAAAACCGACGUGGCGCUGCAUCCCAACUCCGAAUCGAUUCCAUUACUUCUCGACAGGAGAACAAGUUCAAGCAGCUACGGUUCAAGUUACUCCGAGUUCUGGAUCGAUGUCAUUGGACCGAAGACCAGGCGCUUUGUAGGCUGCCUGCUGGCUGUGAUGUCGGGCCUGCUGUACGGGUCCUCCGUCGGACCCAUCAUCUACAUUAAGAGCUGUAUAUCGUGCCCUGACAGCAUGUACUAUGGAGCCAGUGACUAUGACCUCGACUAUGUCCACGCCCAGUGCUGUGGCAGUUUUGUUGCAAGUACAGUGUACUUUGCCGUCUACUGUGCUGCCAUGAAUAACAGGCCCAGGGUCUACUCCAGAAUCAUCCUGCCAGCUUUAUUGUCUGGAUUGAUGUGGGUAUUGGCCACAUACUGCUGGUUCCUGGCAAAUAACUACUUGAGUGCGGUCAUUACCUUCCCUAUUGUCGCCGCAGGAUACGGUCUGGUUGCAGCGCUGUGGGGGUCCUUGGUGUUCAAAGAGGUUAAGGGGGUAGGCAACUGCUUAAUCUUCAGCUUGGCCUCCUGUGUCGUACUGGCCGGCUCCUUGCUGACCGCCUUCUCAAAGUUCUAAUACAGCAGAAGACUGUCGAGUGAAAACAAAAAGUGAAGAAAAAGUGAACUGAGUGAAAGUGAAUUGAGUGUCAUAUUUUCAUUAUACACACAUAUUGUCUCAGAAAAUAAUAUCCUUGGUUUUAUAAAACUCUUUGAACCCACAUUAAAAUAAACCAAACUGUAUGAUGGUUGAGCUGAAUGUAAAACUGUGUUUGCUAGAUUUUGAAAAUGGAAUGACCCUCAUGCUUUCUUGUUGGUUCAAAGAGGAAGUUUGCUGCUGUAUUUGUUGUUUAAAAUGUAUGUGUUGUUGAAAAUAGGUUUUGUCACCUUUUUGUAAUUUGCUCAGUAGGUUUCAACACAUCACUCACAAGCUAAUUAUUUCGGAGGCACCGUCAUACUAAGAUGCACAUUUCUAUUUAUUAUUGACAUGGUGGUUGUUUGUGUUUUUUUCUUUUUAGACAACGUGACAAAAUGAUUCCUGUUUUCUACUGACGUAUAAAUGUGUUCUUGUGCUCCUACAAACAUUUUAUAUUAAUGUGCUUCAUAUAGAAAUCUGGCAUACAGUAUUAAUAUUUCUGUCAACACUCCGGUGGUCUUCUCACAGCUCAUGUCCUCGGGCCUGUCUUCUCCCCGUAGAGCUCAGAUUGUGUGCAGUGUUGUGACAGUGUGCUCUUGAUGUAUUUUGAUGGUGCAUAUGGGAGAACAUGGCACAAAGUUGAAAGUUGUCCUCUGAAUAAUUAUAUGGUGCUAAUUAAAUCACGUACAAUAGGAGGUGGUAGAGGGUGUCUUAGUUUUGUUACGCAAUAAGUCAAUUAAAAGUGUAACUAGAUAUUACCAAUAAAAUGAGAAACUAA